CAAAUGCUUCAGACACAGUAGACUCUACUUCUCUGGUUCAGUGCACAUGUGCUAAGCAUGAAGCUGGUACUUCCUAACCCAGGUUUGGAUGACAGGAUCCCUAGCUAUGAGGAUCUGGACAGGGCGGAAAAGGAGGAGGUCGAUGACAGGCCCAAGUGGGACAACAAAGCCCAGUAUAUCUUAACCUGCGUGGGCUUCUGCAUUGGGCUCGGUAACGUGUGGCGUUUCCCUUACUUGUGUCAAAGUCAUGGAGGAGGUGCCUUUCUGAUUCCCUACCUGAUCCUGAUGGUGCUGGAAGGAAUGCCCCUCCUGCUGCUGGAGUUUGCCAUCGGUCAGCGUCUCAGGACAGGCAGUGUGGGAGUGUGGCGGUCCAUCAGCCCUUAUCUGACCGGUGUAGGUGUAGCAUCUAUGCUAGUGUCCUUAUUGGUUGGACUUUAUUACAACACCCUAGUAGCGUGGAUCAUUUGGUACCUCUUCAAUUCCUUUCAAAACCCGCUGCCCUGGACCCAGUGUCCUCUCAAUAAAAAUGGGACAGGAUUUGUACCAGAGUGUCAACAGAGCUCCACUGUUGAUUACUAUUUCUACAGAGUGACUUUGAAUAGUACCACCUCUAUAGCUGACUCUGGAGGAAUCAAUUGGCCCAUAGUGCUCUGCCUGUUAACCGCCUGGACAAUUAUCGCAAUCUGCUGCAUAAGGGGCAUCAGCACAGCCGGCAAGGCGGUGUACGUCACAGCCAUCCUGCCUUACAUUGUGCUGGGCAUCUUCCUGAUCCGGGGCCUGACUCUAAAAGGUGCCCUGAGUGGAUUAAAGUUCCUCUUCACACCAGACGUGAACGAGUUGAUGAAUCCUACAACUUGGCUGGAUGCUGGUGCUCAGGUCUUCUAUGCCUUUGGUUUGGGGUGGGGAGGCCUCAUCUCCUUUUCAAGCUACAACCCUGUUCAUAACAACUGCGUGCAAGAUGCUGUGAUCCUGUCGAUUGUGACUAGCCUCACCUCAGUGUAUGCUGCAACAGUCACCUACUCCAUCAUUGGCUUCAGAGCAACAGAGAAAUAUGAUACCUGUAUCAGUGAUAACAUCAUUAAAUUAUUAAAUACAUUUGAGCUUCCUGAAGACAACAUCACCACGAGCAACUACGAGGAGGCCUUCAAUCGUCUCAACAGCUCUUACCCUGAUAUCGUUCUUGGAUUGGACAUCAAAACGUGUGACAUGCAGAGACUUCUUAGUGAGGGAGUGGAGGGAACAGGUCUGGCCUUCAUCGUGUUCACAGAAGCGAUAACCAAGAUGCCCGGUUCUCAAAUCUGGUCCGUGCUCCUUUUCGUCAUGCUUUUCUGCUUGGGACUCUCGACCCUGUUUGGCAACAUUGAAGGAGUGGUGGUUCCACUGAAAGACCUGAAUGUGUUCCCUAAAAAAUGGCCCCAUGAAGUACUGACAGGUAUCACGUGUGCUGUCGCCUUCAUCAUCUGUCUCCUGUUUGCGCAGAAUUCAGGGAUUUAUUGGGUAACUCUCUUUGACAACUUUGCUGGAUCUGUUCCACUUCUGACCAUUGGAUUGUUUGAGAUGAUAGCUGUGGUAUACAUCUACGGCAUAGACAGGUUCAAUGAGGACUUUAAGUUUAUGGUUGGAUAUAAGCCCUCCAUCUUUUGGCAGAUUUCAUGGAGGUUCACUAGUCCUCUUAUUGUGCUGGUUAUUUUAGUUUUCUACCUGGUGACACAAGUCCAAAAAUCGCUCACCUACUUAGUCUGGGAUCAAAACUCUGAGAAUUUCCCGGCUCUGGCGUCAGUACCCUACCCUUCUUGGAUAUACGUGAUCAUCUUCCUGUUGGCAGGAGUUCCCAGUCUGGCAGUGCCUGUGUAUGCAUUAUGUAGAUUUGUGUUUGUUUGCUGCAAGAAAAAAAUUGUAUCAAAGAAUUAAAACACUGUUUCAAAGUCAGACGUUUCAGAAUACAGCACAAUGCAUGGUGUUUUAUUGAUCAGUAAAGCACUUAUUUGUGAGCAUGCUUUGUACCCACGUACUGCUCAUAUGAUUGUAUUCAAGACUACUAGGAGAGUAUUUUUAUUUGUGGAAUGGUUAGUGGGAAUAUUUAACAGCAGAGAAAAGGCUGGUCUUUCAAAGCAUUAGCUAUUAGUUUUAGAAAAGGUAGGCAAAAUGUGUAGAGCAGCAACUUGGCCAAGAGAGGGAGCCCUCGCACUGACAGACCAGGUGGUGUAAGGUCAGCUGAUCCAACAGAGGACACCAUACUGAGGAGAAGGUGAGAUACAUUGCAUGUUAUAGGGACAGUGGAGGCUUUGAUAGCAAUGUUUAAAGUACUUACACUUUUUUAAAUAAACCACUAAUACUGGAAUAAUAAAUCCUCUAUUCAAACAUUUA